AUGAUGAAGAUAUAUUUAAUAUUCGUUAUCAUAAUAAAACUUAUCUAUUCUGUACAAUAUAAUCAAUUAUGUACUUUUUCUUUUGGUACUUGUAAUUGGAGUAUUGGUCGACGAUGGCAUAUUACAAGUCUAGAUAAUGGAGAUAAAGUUUUAAUUGCUGAUGCUGAAAGUAAAGAAGAUAAACGAAUUGGUUUUACUGAUGCAAUUAUGUCAUCAUGGUUACAAUUAUCUCCAUUAUGUUCAUUUGAUAUUCGAUUAACAUUUCAAUAUUAUAUUGAAAAUGAAAAUGAUCUUAUUGAAAUUUAUUUUAUUGAAAAAAAUCGAACACGAAUGAUUUCUAUAGGUCAAUGGAAAAGUAGAACAAAUAUAAAUAAUUCAUCAGAAAAUAAUGAUCAAAUUUGGCAGCAAGGAAAUGUUACAUUUAAAGCAGCAGAAGAAUUUCGAAUUGAUAUUGAAAUUCGACAUUUACCAAAUAAGAAAAAUAAUCCUUCAGUUUGGUUUGGUAUUGAUGAUAUUUUAAUUGAAAAUUGUCCUAUUGCCAUUGUAAAUACUACAAGUAAUAAUCUUCAUACAACAGAAAUCUUGACUACAACAUCAAUUUCAUGGAGUACAAAAUUAUAUUCAAAUGAAAGUAAUACAACAUUAUUCAAUAUACCUUAUUGGAAAUUAGAUGAUUUAUCAGAUGAACAAUUAUCUUCAUCUCCUGGUCAGACUCUAUUAACUUUAAUUCUUUAUUUAUUAUGUGCUUUAAUAGCACUUACAUUAUUAAUUAUUCUUUUUUCUAUUAUUAUAUUUACAUAUCGUAAACAUUGUUGUCCAUCAUCAUCAUCAAUGAUGAAUCAUAGAUGUCAAUUGGAUAAAACUAAACAAAAUAAUCGUAUUGGUAUACAAAUUGAAAAUAUUGAUCGUGAUAAUCAAACUAUAAAAACAAUGAAUACGACUGUACGACCAUGUUUUGAAUAA